UUAUCGCUCUUGUUCAUGGAGAAGGAGAGUAGGAAUGUUGUGCGAGGUAUAAAAACAGUGGUGGGAGCCCUGCUACAGCACAGCUUCACAGCAGCUGCCACACAUAGCACCCUGCCCUACUGGAAACAUAUAUGCCUGGACCACAUCGCACAAAGGAUAUUCCCAAGAAUAUCUCCAGUUUCUAUAGUGCCUUAACGCAAGAACUUGCAUCUGCAUUCCAGUCAAAGCAAGAGCAGCAGCCACUGAUGGCCAACCCAGAUCCAGAGGUGUCAGGGGGCGGGGAGCAGAAGGCGGCUCAGGGGGAAAACGCCGAGGCUGGGAAGUCUGCAGUCCACACCUGCCAACAGAAGGCCAAGGCCCGGCUGCUACUGUUACUGUCCUACAUCUCAGGAGACAUGGAGGUGUUUGCAGAGUGGAUGAAAAAACAGUUCUUCCUGCUCCAGCUGCUAGACUGGGUUCUCCGUGGUGCUGCCCAGGUCAUGUUUGUCAACAAUCCUCUGAGUGGCCUAGUGAUCUUUGCUGGGCUGAUCCUGCAGAACCGCUGGUGGGCUCUCAACGGCUUCGUGGGCACACUCUUCGCCACCAUCUCUGCCCUCAUACUGCAACAGAGCAGGGGUGCGAUUGCAGCGGGGCUGUAUGGUUACAAUGGGAUCUUGGUGGGGCUGCUGAUGGCUGUGUUCUCUAACGCUGGAGACUGGUACUGGUGGCUCCUACUGCCCAACAUCGUCAUGUCUAUGACCUGCCCUAUAGUGUCCAGUGCGUUGGCGUCCAUUAACAGUCGUUGGGACCUGCCAGUGUUCACUCUUCCCUUCAACAUCCUGGUUUGUCUCCACAUGGUGGCUACUGGCCACUACAACCACCACUUCCCCCAAGUCCUCAUCCAGCCGCGCACAGAACUAGCCAACAUCACCUGGGCUGAGGUCAACGUAGCUAAGCUGUUCACAGCAGUGCCAGUAGGUAUAGGCCAGGUGUAUGGGUGUGAUAACCCCUGGACAGGAGGAAUCUUCAUGGUCGCUCUCUUCAUUUCCUCUCCCAUCACCUGUGCUCACGCUACCAUUGGAUCCGCAGUCGGCAUGGUCUCAGGUCUGGCCCUGGCAGCUCCAUUUGAGGCGAUCUACUUUGGUCUGUGGGGGUAUAACUGUGUUCUAGCUUGCAUCGCUAUUGGAGGGAUGUUCUACGCUCUCACCUGGCAGGUACACCUGCUGGCAAUCACCUGUGCUUUCUUCUGUGCAUAUCUGGGCUCAGCCAUCGCUAAUGUCAUGUCCACAUUUGGCCUGCCAGCCUGCACCUGGCCCUUCUGUCUCUCCGCCCUCACCUUCCUUCUGUUUACCACGGAAACCAACACCAUAUUCAAGCUGCCGCUGGCUAACGUGGCCUACCCAGAGAGGAACCUGCGCUUCUUCUGGAAGCUCCGAAAGAAGGAGAAGCUGGAGAGAGAGGAGAAGGAAAGAGAUGAGGAAAAGUGGAGGGCAAAGGAGCAGGAGCUGCUAGGUAACGAUAAAGAGGUGCUGAGGAUGGAGAGAAUGGAUGGCAAAGAGAAGGGUGAUGGGAUGGAAGGCAAGCAGAUUAAUAAAAUGAUGAUUCGGGAGGAAGAGAUGAUAGAGGUGGCCUUGGGUGAAGUGAGCAGCAUGGCAAAAAAUGUCUGAGCUCAUCAACAGACUCCAGAUGUUUUAUUAUGUACAUAGAGUAGCAGAGACUCAGGUGAUGAAGGACAGAUGGGUGUGUGUGUUUGUAGACGGUGUCUGAAGUGUUCGUUUUAGCGUUAUACAUACUGUAUGUAACUUAUCUUAUUGUUUAUUACUUCUGAAAAAUGCCCAAAGCUCAGGUAACUAGCCCUCAGGUAACUAGCCCUCAGGUAACUAGCCCUCAGGUAACUAGCCCUCAGGUAACUAGCCCUCAGGUAACUAGCCCUCAGGUAACUAGCCCUCAGGUAACUAGCCCUCAGGUAACUAGCACUCAGGUAACUAGCACUCAGGUAGGGCUACAGUAGGUCAUUCCGGUGUAUGGUAUUAUAUCUAACUUUGCUAUACAGUGGAUAUUACCACAGUUAUGUACUUUCAUACUUACUUAGUUUGAGUUCUAAUAAAAGUCUAUUUUUCUAACAAAA